CACCCCGCCUCCCCGGUUCCCCGGCUCGGCUGGAGUCUCCGCCGGGGGAGCUCCACUAUGCCAGACAGUUUCGACACUUUGCAAAGACAAAGACCAGAGGCAGGAGGAAGAGGAGGUCGGAGAGGAAGAGGAGGAGGAGGAGGAGGAGAGAGGUGGGGAGGAAGGCGAUGUGAGCUGAGGAGCGGGACACCGGUGCUCGGGACGCUUGUCCUUCCUUCUCCCCAGAACCCCUCCACCCCCCCCCCCCGAGCCUCUCCAGCCCGAAAACUCCAGCGAGUCUCCAGCCGCGGAUCGGACGCAGACCUUGGAGGUGGCCAGCGGCCCCCCAUCGCACCCCACCACCCCACGGGACACGGCCGAGCGAGUCGCUCCGGGGGUGCUUGUGCCACUCUCAGACUCAACCUUUCCAAACUAGAAAUGUCAGUGGAAGGAAUUAGCAUCUCCAGGGACCGUGGGGAACAGGCACUUUGAGAUCUGGCAGCUCAGAAACAAGCUUGUUCUCAUCCCACUAAGAUAAAGGAACUGAGGCUCAGAGAGGUUAAGGAACUCCUUUGAGGUCACAGAGCUGAUGACAGACUACCCUCACUGCCUUCAUCAAGCCAACGGCUUAACCAUCACAUCUCCGUCAGCUGCCGGGAGACACCAAGCUCUAAUUAAGAAUCAUCACACACCCUCCUUUCCAGAGGACACUGACAAAGGCGCAUCCCUUUAUCCUGCACCAAGACCCAUGCUUCGAGGACUGUGCUCACCCUGAGUGAUCCUGGGCUGUCACGAAGAUUAAUCAUCCCUCAGCCCUGUUCGACAGGAAAGGAAGUCAUCAUUAGUAAGUCUGUGUAAGGCUUCACUCGGAGAGACUGUUAGCUGUCUGAGGGUUGUUGAUGAAGCAACCUACUUUAUUUCCUAGGAAGUCAAAUCACAUGAGAAAAAAAGAACCAGCCCAGCACUUCCAGAGAUCUUAUUAGCCUUUGACUCUCUCCUGAGGAUGCCUCACAGGCCAGGGUAGACGACAGGGGUCCCGGGAGAGGUAAGCUUGGCAGAGCAGACCUCAAGACCCAUCAAGAAGUUCUGCCCAGGUUUGUGGUUCAGGCUGUGUCUCAGGAGGAACUGCAUUUCUGAAUUCCAUCUCAGGCCUGCGUGAUUUUUCUGGGGCGAGUCCAGAGGCAUCUCUCCAUCAGGAACCCCACCAUGGCGACCAUAAGGAAGAGGGUCCUCAAGCUACUCACCCUCCUUGUCCUCUUGAUUUUCCUCACCUCCUUCUUCCUGAACUUCUCCCACACUGUGGUCACCUCGUCCUGGUUCCCCAAGCAGUUUGUCCUGGGCUUCUCUGAGAACCUGAAGAGAUUCAUGAAGUACUCACACAGGCCGUGUACCUGCAGCCGCGUCUGCGUUGAACAGCGGAGGGUCUCCAGGUGGUUUGACAGGAGGUUCAACCAGUCUGUGCAGCCGUUGCUUACAGAGCGGAACUCCUUGUUGGGGGAAGACAUCUACAGGUGGUGGCUGAAACUGCAGGGAGAGAAGCAGCCCACUGACCUGAACGACACCAUCAAGGAGCUGUUCCAGGUGGUGCCUGGGAACGUGGACCCGUUCCUGGAGAAGAAGGCCAUGGGCUGCCGGCGCUGUGCCGUGGUGGGCAACUCGGGCAACCUGCGGAACUCCUGGUAUGGGAGUCAGAUAGACAAACACGACUUUGUGCUGAGGAUGAACAAGGCCCCUACAAUAGGCUUUGAGGCUGACGUCGGGAGCAAGACCACCCACCACCUUGUGUACCCCGAGAGCUUCCGGGAACUCAGGGAGAACGUCAGCAUGAUCCUGGUUCCCUUCAAGACCCUGGAUCUGGAGUGGGUGGUCAGUGCAACCACCGGCACGGGUACCAUCUCCCACACCUAUAUUCCUGUCCCUGCAAAGAUCAAAGUGAAACCAAAUAAGAUCCUCAUAUACCACCCGGCCUUCAUCAAGUACGUCUUCGACAGCUGGCUGGAGGGCCACGGACGGUACCCAUCCACGGGCAUCCUCUCUGUCAUCCUCUCGCUGCACAUCUGUGAUGAGGUGGACUUGUACGGCUUCGGAGCAGAUGGCAAAGGGAACUGGCACCACUACUGGGAGAACAACCCCUCGGCGGGGGCCUUCAGAAAGACAGGAGUACACGACGGAGACUUUGAGUCCAACGUGACCUCCAUCCUGGCAUCCAUCGACAAAAUCCGCAUAUUCAAGGGGAGAUGACGCUGCCAAGGCCUCAGACCUGUGGCCCCAGAAUACCCCUCUCCACGCCAGGCCCCCACCUCUCCUGGGAGGCCUUCACACUCAGAGUUCUAAGGGGAGCCCUGGGCAUCUGCCCGCAUGCCCUUUGCAGCCCCUCUUCCUAGCCUUGGGCUGCCUUGACUCAGCAAGAUCUCCAAGCCCUUUCGGGUUGCAGACUGAGUCUCAGCGCUGGCCUUGGGUGGAGAGAAUCGCUCACCACUGUUCUGGGGCCUGAGGAAGGUGGGGAGAUGCAGGGAGAGGUCCAGUCUCCACACUCAGGGGUUAUUUGGCUUCCAGGUGCUGGAGGGAGAGGGGGGAGGGCAGGAAGCUGAAACUUUCCCCAGGAAAGGCUAGUUGCCUGGGUAAGAGGAACAGAAGUUUUUUUUCUGCUGAGAGGCCCAGACCUUAGCCAAACUCUGACUCUCCUUGGGGUGUUUCUGAGUGAAUGUGACCUCCAGGACAGUCAUAAGUUCCCCGGUUACAAGGGCACUGGAGGGUAAGAUAGUGCCUCUCUUUGCAUGACAACGCCAGAGGUCUCUCUCAGUGUGCUGACCACCUCUCCCUGUCUCUCCCCAAAGCUCAUUGGAGUGGCCAGGAGCAGCUCCCCACCUGAAGGUUAUCACAGACAGUGGGCAAGGUGGCUCUGACUCCAGCCGCUGUCUUCUCCCCCAGCUGGUGUUCCCCAGAGCGAGCGGUCCUGGUUUGGAGUGAUUACCAUCUUGGCUGACAGCAGA